UCCCAAAGCCAGCCAGCCAGACGGAGACGGGAGGCUUUACAAAGUCUUUUUGGAGGAAACGCCGCCAGAAGCCACUUCCUGUCAACUUGCGCUGCUGCGCGCCUUGAGCCCGAACUUUCCCCGCGCCGCCUCGGACUGGAGCGGCCGCGUGUCUCCCUGCGCGGCGGGAGCGCUUCUCUUUCGGGACGCACCAAACGGUUUUUAAGUAAAACAUAUUUUCUUGAUUUUGAGGAUUUAAAAAAAUGGAAACGUUUCAUUUUUGGAUAACCUUGGCACUUUUUGCAACUGGAUCUGUCAUCAGUGAAGGUUCAGAAAGAGACUUUUCCAGCCUGAAUGACUCUGGAACCUCUGCCAUAGAAAUGGAAGAUAAAUUAAUUAUUCCUGCCAGUCAACCCAACACUAACAAGAGUAAUUGUACAAGCCGUCCCAAAAUAGAUAAUACUUUUAAAUAUAUCAAUACAGUAAUUUCUUGUGCGGUAUUCAUCAUUGGGCUUGUCGGAAAUGCAACUCUUCUGCGGAUAAUCUACCAGAACAAAUGCAUGAGGAAUGGACCCAAUGCACUGAUAGCUAGUCUGGCCUUGGGAGAUCUCAUCUACAUCAUCAUAGAUAUCCCUAUCCAUGUAUAUAAGCUUCAUUUUCCAACGGCCUUUGGGAUGAUACAUUUUGAACAAUUUCUUUGCCGUUUUUUUCCUUUUAUUCAGAAGGCAUCUGUUGGGGUCACUGUUCUUAAUCUCUGUGCUCUAAGUGUGGACAGAUACCGAGCAGUUGCUUCCUGGAGUCGUGUCCAGGGAAUUGGUGUCCCUUUGACUACAGCUAUUGAAAUUUUUUGUAUUUGGAUUCUUUCCUUCAUCCUGGCUAUUCCAGAAGCAAUUGGUUUCACCAGUGUUGAUUUUGUUUAUAAUGAAAAACGGCUCAAAACCUGUUUGCUAGUAGCAAGCAACAAGUUCUUGGAAUUAUACAUUAAAGUAAAAGAGUGGUGGCUCUUUGGUUUCUAUUUCUGCAUGCCACUUGCUUGCACAGCAUUCUUUUAUACCCUGAUGACCUGUGAAAUGUUAAACAGGAGGAAGAGUAAUUUGAGAAUUGCUCUCAGUGAACAUCUUAAGCAGCGCCGAGAAGUUGCUAAAACAGUUUUCUGUUUAGUUGUAAUUUUUGCUCUCUGCUGGUUUCCUCUGCAUCUAAGCCAGAUACUGAGAUCAAUGCUGUAUAACGACAAAGACCCCAAUAGAUGUGAAUUCCUCAGUUUUUUGUUGACUUUGGAUUAUAUCAGCAUUAAUCUAGCAACCAUCAAUUCCUGCAUUAAUCCUAUAGCGCUCUAUUUUGUGAGCAAGAAGUUCAAAAACUGUUUCCAGUCAUGCCUCUGCUGUAUUUGUCACCGGACAGGAAGUCAGAUGUCCUCUGUCCCCAUGAAUGGGACCAGCAUUCAGUGGAAAACUAAUGAACUGAAUAAUCACAAUACAGAGCGGAGUAUCCACAAAGACAGCUUAAACUGAGAUUCAGCAAAGACUGUACUUCUGAAUUUAAGGAAAAGACAACAGAUACGAUAUCUAGGAUUCAACAAACUUAUUUAUUUGGAAGCUCUGUGCUCUAGCACUUAAUUCCAGAGAUGAGCAGAAAGAACAGUUGUGCAUAAGUGAAUCUCUAAAUGGAUUCCAAAUGGUUCUUUUUGUUAUAAAGAAAUUCACUUUUGGCAGAAACAAGAACAAUUGACCCAGUACUCUGCAAAGUGUUCACAGAUUUCAGCCAGAACGUCUAGCUGUAUGUUAUGUUGCAUAUUCUGUUAUAUCAUUUUAAUUUUAUAAUCUUAUUGAAUUUUCUUGGAUAUCAAGAAUUGUGAAAACGUAGGACCUGUAGCUGCUCUGUAAUAACACCAUUGUUUUUUCAGGAAAUAUUUUAGUUAAUCCAUAGGUAGUUCUCAAUUUACAACUAUAAUAGGGACUGGAAAAUGUGUUGUUAAGCAUUGCUUUCACUAAGCAAAGCAUCACAUAUCUACAUCCAAUUUUACCACCAUUUUUACAUGGUUAAGUGAAUCACCAUGGUUAUCAAGCAAGAUAUCACAUGACUAUGGCUUGAGACCUUCAAUGCCGGCUUCUUCACUGACUUUGUUAGAAAUAAACUGCAGGGAAAGUUGCAGAUGGUGAUCAUGUGACUGCAGGAUGUUGCAACCAUCAUAAAUGUGCAAUGAUUAGCAGGCAUCUGAAUCACAAUCAUGUGACUGCAGAAAUGUUGCGACGAUUGCAAAUGUGAGAACCAGUCAUAUUUUUUUUUCAGCAGUGCUGUAACUUUGAACAGUUGCUAAAUGAAUGGACAUUAAGCAAGGACUAAUUUCAUGUUUAGAACCAUGUUCAGCAGAAAACAUUUUUAUAACUAUAAUAUAUGUGUUAGAUUAGAUCUAAACAGUAUUUUAUGUAUUGUAAUGUAACAAAUGAGAUGUAAUUUAGAAAAUAUUAUUUUUUGUGCGGGGUUUUUUACCAACCACCGGUUUGUGGAUACAGGUAUAAUAUUAGGAUUUAACCUUUAGGACAUAAACUUAUGCCCAAAAGGUAGAGCAGUGUAUUAGCAGGGAAAUUUUAAAUAAACCACAUGCAGACACAAA